AUGUACCCCGUCGACAUUCUCAACCUACGCCUUGACAAUUUCGUCUUGUGGCUACCUGGCGGAACCUCCUCUCCACCCAAUCUUGUCAUCGGUGUCAAAGACGGCGACGCCUUUGAUCAGACUGCCAGAGCACCACUUGCACCUUUCCAGGGCAAGACGUCUUUGUGGGCGCUCAGUCCUGGCUCUAUCUCGCCGCCUCUCCAGGACGGGCAAGUCUACCGCUACUGGUUCGAGAUCUCGGACACGUCCCUCGAGAAAAGGGGCGUGAUGUUGGUGACAGACCCAUUUGCUUUCACCGUCGAUUACAGCGUGGCCACGACUGCCAACGACAGUGCACUAUAUCAGCCCGCCUCGGUUAUCAAAUACCACGAUGACAAGCUUUGGCCCUGUGAUAUCGACGGCACCGAGCCUCAGCUGCCUCCCACUCCUGACCUAGCUGCACUUCCCAGGAAUCAUAAUCUUGUCAUCUAUGAGCUUCCUACCUCCUGGGCUAGGGCCGGCAACGACUCCCGCGGGAUUGAGGUAGAUGCCGGAACGUUUGCCGAUGUUUUAGCUCUUUUCGACCCAGCGGUCAAUGGCAGUCGCUUCGCAUCUAUAUCUGCCGUUCGUGAGCAGGCCAUCCUAAGUGACCUGGGCAUCAAUGCGCUUGAGCUCCUGCCCGUCGCAGACGCAAAGGCCAAGGGCGAAUGGGGCUACGCAACAGCUCAUUACUUUGCAACCGACUACGAUCUUGGUUCAUCGUCUGAUUUAAGUCGUCUUGUCGGUACGAUCCACUCCCAGCAUGUCCGCCUCUUUACCGACGUGGUCAUGGCGUUUGGGCACGAUUCGUACAGCUACAUCGACUGGGAUACCUUCCACCUGAGGGCUUCUCUGGAACCAAAUAACCCGGAUAGUUAUCAGUCCCAUAGGAACAGGGAGCUGAGAGAUGGCUAUGGAGGGAACCUAUGGCGAUAUAUCCGCACCACUCCUUCUUACGACCCGGAGACGGGACAGGGCACGGUAGAGGUACGCCCCUCAUGGACAUUCCACCGCUCACACCUUGCACGGUGGAUGCAGGACUUCGGGGUCGGCGGAUUACGGAUCGACAGCGUGAACAACAUUGCCAACUAUGACUUUGUGCGUUCCUACAGGGAUCGUGCUUGGGAGCUUUACAACGCAAGAUACGGCCCCUCGGCUGACCCGACGAAGUUUCUGGUUAUUGGCGAAGAGCUUUCUAUGCCAGUGUCCGUCAUCCACCAAGGUGCCCUUGACGCUUUGUGGAACGAGCAUUGGCAAGGCAGAUUGCGGGCAGUCAUCUUGGGCGAGUCGGCAAGCGGGGACAAUUUCGAGUGGACUGUCCGCAAGCUCGUGGACUGCAGGCUGGACGACAUCAACGGCGCAAGCUUUAGGGAGGGUAUUCAAGCAGUCAACUACAUCACGUCGCACGAUAUAGAGGGACUCCGCAAAGAACGGCUGUACAACUUCUUGGUCAACAACGGCAUAUCGGACAUUGAAAGGAGGGCUAAACUGGCGUUUGCGCUGCUGCUGACUAGUGUGGGAAUUCCGAUGAUCUUUGCAGGCGAGGAAUUUGCCGACCAGAUGGAUCGCAGCGUCGACAUGGGCAAAAAGCAGACCGAUCCGGUCAAUUAUGCCCGGAAGGAUGAAGGAGGGUGGCGCCAAGAGUUGUUUCGAUAUGUGGCGAACCUGGUAAAGUUUCGGACAGUGUGCCCUGCUCUGGGCGAGAACGAGACCGAUUUUUUCCAUGUCAGCGAGGCUCGCGGGGGAAAGAUCAUGGCCUGGCGGAGAGGCAAGGUUGGUGACGGCAAGCAACCGGUGCUUAUUGUUGCGAAUUUUAGUAAUGAGAGUACGUCUGGUUCGGAAUAUGUGAUCCCCAACUGGCCCGGCAAGGGCGAGAGCGGUUGGCGAGAGAUAUCGCAAGGCAGAGACGUUCCGGCAGAGUGGUUUGGGCGCGAACCCUUAUUUCCUUGGGAAGCGAAGAUCUACACUCGCUGGGUCGGAGAAGCCUAG